CGUUGGGGUUUCAAUUUUUCGGAAAGGGGCUUUGAAUUCAUUUAAUCCUUUGCUUAUUAGUUUUUUGGUUUUGUUUUUUUCUUUAAAGACGAAGUCUUUUGGCUGCUUAUUCACUUGCUUGAUUCUUAUUUGAAAUUUUUUCGUUGCCCAUUUCUCAAUAUAUGAACAUGAGUGUUUCUCAAUCAAUCGUUCCUUUCUUAGAAACAAUUUCUAAAUUAAAAACUACUCCAAGAACCGGUUGGCUAUACCAUGGUAUUGAGGCUCCUGAAUCCAUUGCUGACCACAUGUACCGUAUGGGCGUCCUAACACUACUUUGCAAUGAUCCAGGAAUCAAUAAAGAUCGUUGUGUUAAGAUUGCCAUCGUCCAUGAUUUAGCUGAGUCUAUUGUCGGUGAUAUUACACCCCAUGAAAAUGUGUCUAAGGAAGAGAAGCAUCGUCUAGAAAUGGAAGCCAUGAAUAAAAUUACCCAGGAAAUGUUGCCAUUGGACUUGGCGAUGAAUGCCCAAGAAAUUCGAGAACUAUUUUUGGAGUAUGAGCAUGCCUCGACUUCUGAAGCAAAGUUUGUUAAGGAUAUCGACAAGUUUGAAAUGCUUGCUCAGAUGUUUGAGUAUGAAAAGAAAUAUCAGGGAACAAAGGACCUUAGUCAAUUUUCUUGGGCAAGUCAGUUGAUUAAGCAUUCUCAGGUGAAAGGUUGGUUGCAAGAUCUCAUGACUGAACGUGAAGCUUUCUGGAAAACAAUACAAGGCAAGUUAGAAAAAUAGAUGCACCUUUCAGGUAUUAUAAGAAAGUCCCUUUUUUGCCUAUCAUGGAAAAUGAUCACGGAGAAAGGACUUGUCGAUGUUCACCUUUUACCCGUUAUGAACAAACUAUUACCCCCUCUGUCUUUAUACAUACUAUAAAAAAAGAACCAUCGUUCGUAUCUAGAAGAAAAUAUGCUGGCAUCUGCCAUCGUGUUUCAUGUAUUAUUUACCCUCAAAAUACCUACUCUUUUCUUGUUUAGAGUCCUUCAUUUAAAACUUUUCAAUCGCUUUUCGCUUUUAGAAGAGUAUUAGCAAAAAAGAGUAAGAAUUUCGGAUUUAAUUCGAUAAUAAUGUAUUUGAAAGUAUGCGUACAAACCUGUUUUCCUUAGUUUACACGUUAGUAUUUGUAUAAAAAUUACACUAUCA